AAACAUUUUUAAUGUACAAUAAUCAGAUAAGUAGAACAGUAGCUAAUAAAUCUCCGGAAUAAAAUAUACACCUGUUUUUCCUUUAUUUAGUUGUUUCAGAAAAGGUAGAAUAAUUUUUUUUGUAAGUAGCCAGUAAUUAUACAUUGAUCUUUCUUUUUUAAGAAAAGUUACAAUUUAGGAAAGAAUCUCCUGGUAUCUUAGUUGCAACUAUUUUCUUCCUUAAAAAAAUUACCAAUGUGUUGACUAUUAUCGGAAGAAAUACUUCUCACUCCCUAUCAAAUCAAAUUCUCAAAUAGUGACUUAUGUUAUGUAAAUGCUCUCUGUGAUACAUAGAUAUAAAAAAGGAAAUUGUAAGAAUCCGUGAAUACGAGCUUAUUCUACUGCACAGAAUAAUCCUUUUAGCAUAGGGUAGAUGGUGGAUGCACAGGUAAGACCUAAACACAGAUAAUUAAAGAUGCAAUUUCUCCCCCAAACUGGAACUGGUAGUGUGACCCAGCUUAGCACUGGUGGCCAUCACUUCUGAGCCAUUGAGGAAGAGAUUGUGAUGUAAUUUGGAUGCUCUGUAUACAAGACUGAAGGGUAGUAGAUGAAAAAAAAGCCAGACACAAAAAGUUUACAAUUAACACAUGGCCUUUCUCUUUUCCGUAAUCAUUUGGCUCAUUACCCUAUGUUCAUCCAACUUCCCCACCAACAAUUUUAGUUUACUCUGUCCAGUAAGGCUUUACGCUGAAAAACCUUGGAACUGGUAUUGCCCUGUCAUUCUUACUAGGGUCAGAACCAUGGGACUUCAAAGUAACUAACACACACACACACACACACACACACACACACACACACACGCCUUCCUCUCUGAAUCCAUCCAGGCAUCAAAAAUAGAAAAGAAGUAAAAGGCAAAGACCAAGAUGAAUUUGUGCAGGUUACUGUCUAAAGGCAGUUUAAUAUUUACGAAAUGUCACACACAUACACACACACUCACACUCUUUAGGAUCCAGUUACAAGCGCUGCGUCAUCCGCCAGAUCACAUGGUAAUUGUUGCUAUUUCAAGGAUCAAGUGGCAUAAAGCUCCCCCCCCACCCCACCCCCUUCCCUUGGUACCAUAUAGCGUGGAAGAGUGAGUUUUGUGUGAUGGAGUGGGACCAGGCUCUCUGAUCCAACCCUCUGCUAGCAACUCGGCUGUCGGUGGGGUGGCGCGCGCGUAUUCUCACGGAGUGACUAGGAAAGGGGGACGGGGGAGGGGGUCUCAGGGGAGGAAGGGCAGCUCUAAUUGGUUUCUCAAUGAAAGAUAAUCACCUACUCCCCAGAGAGGCUGGAGAUUAGCACUCUGCCUCUCCUCUCCAUCGCUUUUAGACUUCUCAUCCUCCCCUCGGUGCUUUUAGUCCAUUCAGCAGAAGCGGAUCGAAGCAGGAGGCUCCCCGCGCCGCAUUAGGGACGCACUCCGCCGCGCUCGAGUACUUAGCGCCCAUUCACUCACUCACCCGCGCCCUCCGCUCCCGGCUGCCGUCUCAGCCGCCGCCGCCGCCGCCGCCGCCCGAGAAAAAGUUUCGCGGAGGGGCUCAGUGAAAAAAUGAGCGAGCUGGAGGAAGACUUUGCCAAGAUUCUCAUGCUCAAGGAGGAGAGGAUCAAAGAGCUGGAGAAGCGGCUGUCAGAGAAGGAGGAGGAAAUUCAGGAGCUGAAGAGGAAACUCCACAAAUGCCAGUCGGUGCUCCCAGUGCCCUCGACCCACAUCGGACCCCGGACCACCCGGGCGCAGGGCAUCUCGGCCGAGCCGCAGACGUACAGGUCCUUCCACGACCUCCGACAGGCAUUCCGGAAGUUCACCAAGUCCGAAAGGUCCAAGGAUCUUAUAAAGGAAGCUAUCCUUGAUAAUGACUUUAUGAAGAACUUGGAGCUGUCGCAGAUCCAGGAGAUUGUGGAUUGUAUGUACCCGGUGGAGUAUGGCAAGGACAGUUGCAUCAUCAAAGAAGGAGAUGUGGGGUCACUGGUGUAUGUCAUGGAAGAUGGUAAGGUUGAAGUUACAAAAGAAGGUGUGAAGUUGUGUACCAUGGGUCCAGGAAAAGUGUUUGGGGAGUUGGCUAUUCUUUACAACUGUACCCGGACAGCGACCGUCAAGACUCUUGUAAAUGUAAAACUCUGGGCCAUUGAUCGACAAUGUUUUCAAACAAUAAUGAUGAGGACAGGACUCAUCAAGCAUACCGAGUAUAUGGAAUUUUUAAAAAGCGUUCCAACAUUCCAGAGCCUUCCUGAAGAGAUCCUCAGCAAGCUCGCUGAUGUCCUUGAAGAGACCCACUAUGAAAAUGGAGAAUAUAUUAUCAGGCAAGGUGCAAGAGGGGACACCUUCUUUAUCAUCAGCAAAGGAACGGUAAAUGUCACUCGUGAAGAUUCACCAAGUGAAGACCCAGUCUUUCUUAGAACUUUAGGAAAAGGAGACUGGUUUGGAGAGAAAGCCUUGCAGGGGGAAGAUGUGAGAACAGCAAACGUAAUUGCUGCAGAAGCUGUAACCUGCCUUGUGAUUGACAGAGACUCUUUCAAACAUUUGAUUGGAGGGCUGGAUGAUGUUUCUAAUAAAGCAUAUGAAGAUGCAGAAGCUAAAGCAAAAUAUGAAGCUGAAGCGGCUUUCUUCGCCAACCUGAAGCUGUCUGAUUUCAACAUCAUUGAUACCCUUGGAGUUGGAGGUUUCGGACGAGUAGAACUGGUCCAGUUGAAAAGUGAAGAAUCCAAAACGUUUGCAAUGAAGAUUCUCAAGAAACGUCACAUUGUGGACACAAGACAGCAGGAGCACAUCCGCUCAGAGAAGCAGAUCAUGCAGGGGGCUCAUUCCGAUUUCAUAGUGAGACUGUACAGAACAUUUAAGGACAGCAAAUAUUUGUAUAUGUUGAUGGAAGCUUGUCUAGGUGGAGAGCUCUGGACCAUUCUCAGGGAUAGAGGUUCAUUUGAAGAUUCUACAACCAGAUUUUACACAGCAUGUGUGGUAGAAGCUUUUGCCUAUCUGCAUUCCAAAGGAAUCAUUUACAGGGACCUCAAGCCAGAAAAUCUCAUCCUAGAUCACCGAGGUUAUGCCAAACUGGUUGAUUUUGGCUUUGCAAAGAAAAUAGGAUUUGGAAAGAAAACAUGGACUUUUUGUGGGACUCCAGAGUAUGUAGCCCCAGAGAUCAUCCUGAACAAAGGCCAUGACAUUUCAGCCGACUACUGGUCACUGGGAAUCCUAAUGUAUGAACUCUUGACUGGCAGCCCACCUUUCUCAGGCCCAGAUCCUAUGAAAACCUAUAACAUCAUAUUGAGGGGGAUUGACAUGAUAGAAUUUCCAAAGAAGAUUGCCAAAAAUGCUGCUAAUUUAAUUAAAAAACUAUGCAGGGACAAUCCAUCAGAAAGAUUAGGGAAUUUGAAAAAUGGAGUAAAAGACAUUCAAAAGCACAAAUGGUUUGAGGGCUUUAACUGGGAAGGCUUAAGAAAAGGUACCUUGACACCUCCUAUAAUACCAAGUGUUGCAUCACCCACAGACACAAGUAAUUUUGACAGUUUCCCUGAGGACAACGAUGAACCACCACCUGAUGACAACUCAGGAUGGGACAUAGACUUCUAAUGUAUUUCUCUUACCUGCUUCUGCCUUGCUGAAGACAGCUUUUUCUGAGACACAGCUGCCAGCAAACCUGAGGGAAAGAGAGAAGAUUAGUGCUCGGGGUCACCAUGAUGCCUUUGAUCGAUGCUGCUCCAGUAACUACAGUGGCAUUAGGACUUAUUGCUUAGAUGACAAUAGUGCUCUUUACAUGUUUUCCGUUUGAACCUAAAAUAGCAGUUGACAUGGUGGUCCUGAAGCAAAGCCUUUCACCAGUAAAGAGAUGUUUUCUAUUGUUGCAAUGACCUUGCUUUGCUCUGAUUAUAAUUUGAAAGACUGUAGGAAACACUUCAAUCUAGUAUAAGAGUCUGUACCUUGCUAGAAUAUUCAAGAAGAUGAAAGAAUAAUAUAUUGGGUACAAUAGAUUACUAUGGUACAGAAACUGGGCUAUUCCCUUUCUUCAAGUGAAGGCUGUGGGAUCUAUUACUGCAGGCCGGUGUAUAUACCAUACAAAAGAGGACCACACAUCUGUUGGUCACAGAGUUCAUGUCACACCAAUGCUAGAAGUUUCAUGAUUUUAUUUCCCAGCAGUGCUGAUGACAAGACUGAAUGUUACCUUUUCUUUCUGACAGAUUUUAAAAAUUGAUAUCAUAAAAGCACAACUGCUAUAGAUUCUGCUGAGACCUCUCAUAGUAGGUAUAUAUGAGUUUUCACAGAGGACUGAAAAAUAAUGCAUGAUAUUUGUUUUUUUUUUUGAUAAAUUGGCAUGACAGAGUGGGAAAAAAAGCAAUUCACAAAACCAUUUCAUAUUUUUUAAAAUAUUGUGCUUAAAGAUGGUCCUGGAAGUAAAUGACUAGCAGCCAAUUGGUUUUACCUAACAUACCCUCAAACUGAGGCUUAAAGUAUUCCCUUUUAUAAAAAUAAACCCUUGGGGUAGGGUGGAGUGGGGAGGGAUUAAAACCCAUCCAAAAAAUAAAUAAAAACUAUAUAGGUGCUAUGUAUAUCUUUCAUCUGUAAAUGUCAGUGUCUGAACAGACAACACAAAUUCAAAUCAUUAUAUGUGUAGCCAGAAACUCAAGCAUUUUCACUAAAGUUAUUAAACCAAACUCCUGUCCAAUUUCACUUAUACAACAUAGUCAGUCCAGAGUUGAGAGACAAAGGUGAUUAUAAACCUAUUUGAACUAGCUUCUUGUCUUAGGCCUGAACCAAAAAACAAACAACAAACAAACAAAAAACUAGAAUGAAAAACAAAAAUAAAAGAAGUAGAAAAGACAAAGAAAGAAAGCCCAAAGUCAAAGUUGUUAAUAUUUACAGGUUAACCAGACCUGGAACAUUACUUAUUUGAGGUCAGAGAAGAAAACAAGAACCUGGCCAGGUGUUGAUUACCUUUUUGUGAAUAAGCUGAGUCCAUAUACUUGUCUAACUAAGAAAGCAGUACAGAAGAAAACAGGAACCUGAUUUUUUAAAAAUAAAUUUUAAAUAGAAUAGAAUUACUACAAUUCUGCAAUUUCACACUACCUAAAAAGACUAGAUUUGAAAAUGUCAGGCUGAUUUAUUUACUUUUUUCACAUGGAGAAAAGAAUCCACAAAUUAAACUGAGUCCUUCACUGGCAGGCCAGUUGACUAUUAUUAGCUGUCAUAAGUAACUCAGCCAUUUGGAAGCAUUUCCUGGACAAAAUUACAUUAUACCUAUGAAGAAAAAUAUAGAAGCUUUCAAGCUGUCAUUCUGUUUUGGCCCUGUGUGUGAAUUUGGUAUAUUAAAUUGACGCUUGCUUUUUUUUUCAGUAGAGUUUUCUUUUUAAUCAAUCAAACGUCUACAUUUCUGGAAGAAAAAGUCCAAUUAGAUCAUUACACCUUAACUAAGAAGGCAAAUAUUAUAAAUUUUGCUUGAAUUGUUCUUACUCAAAACUACCUUAGAAUAUGGUAUCUUAUGAAAAUAUAAUAUUCUUAAAAUUUUGGAGGAUAAAAUGAAAAGGGUAUGAACUUCAAUUAAAACUUUAAUCCUAAAAUAUUGUUAUUCUUGUAUUUUUGGAGUUUUCCCUCCCUUACAAUUUCUCCAAAUUGGUCUAUUCCCCAAGAUAUCCACUGUUUUCUACAGAUUUUAGAAUAUAAAAUUAAACAUAUCAACCUAAAAUCUAGCUAUGAAUGUUAUUUCAAGAGUUUUAUAUUUUUAAUUGGCUUUAAAAAAAUAUGUAAUUCCAAUAUUAUAGUGAAUGUUCAGUAAUUUUUGUUGAAAGAUAAUGUGGUUUAGGCUUGCUAAAGACUUGCUAGAAUACUAAACUUACCUUGUUAUUUGGAAAGAGAAUCUACUCCUAUAACUUUUUAAAAAUCCCCAAAGUCCCAGAGAUUAGCACUUACUAUGGAUUUUGGAACUAUGGUUCAAGUCUAAGACAACCAAUAUGAAUAAGUUCAAUGGAGAAGGAAGAAGUAGCAUUCAGCACAAUGUAACUGUAGAUUGUUUCUCCCACUUGUUACUGCAUCUUUGUUCAUUUCACCCAUAGCAUUGCAUUUGAUGUCUGAAGUAAUCACCACAAAAUAAAGGUAAACUACAUCUUCCAAGAUGUACCAACAGAAAACAUUCAUCUAAUUUUGUCAACAUUGAAUUUUUAGGAUUUAAGUCUUGUCUUAAUGAAGACUCUAGGGCUAAAAUUCAUGGUCAGUUCCAUAAAAUGCAUCUCACUUUAUUUCUGACUUUUUCACAACCCCUCUAUUUUCUUACACUAAAGAACAUCUGGAGAAGUUAGAAUAGUGCCAACUUGUUUGAUUUGGUAUAUGAUUUUCUUGUUAAGGUGUUGAGUAUGGGAAAUAAGGGCUUUGUGUGUGUCUUGAUUCACAGGAAAACUGAAACUGCCAAGGGAAGCAACAUUAAAACAACUGAGAUAGAUUGAAUACAUUCGAAAAAAUAAUUUCUGGAAAAACGCUAUACAUGCUUUUUAUGUUUAUAUCUUCUUUAUUAUUAAGACAUGAAUCAGAUCCAUGUGGCAUUCAAAACAAAUUUAUUUUGAUUAUAUUCUUUACAAGUCAUAAUUUUUACCUAAAAUUGUGGAAUAUGCAUGUGAAUUACACAUGUGUAGUAAUAAACUCAACUAUUGAAUUUUUCCUGUUUCAUUUCUAAAUGACUGAACUGAUGGUAAACAAAUUUAAUGAAGUCAGCUACCAUGUUGAAAAUAAGGAUAUUAGAACUGAUUUCAUACAAUAGAGGUGAUCUGUGCAUUAUCCAUAACAACGUUUUCUUUCACUAUAGGACCACAGACAAAUAUUUAUGUAAAUAGAUAUUUUUGUGUGAUAUUUUGUGGUACAUAUAACUUUUUUUAGUGUUUCACAGCAUUAUUAUUUCAUUUUAUUUGUAUUGAAUAAUGUUUUUAGGUCCAAGUAGACUUGAAUUAAUGUCAUAAUUGUCAGUAUUAUUGAAAAUUAUGUCAACUGUACUGUUAUUCAUCUGUCCCAUAGUUUAGAACAUGACCUGGCUAUCUGGCAUUGUUGCAAGUGCCUUAAAUUCAUGGCAUCCUAUUAAAAAAACAAAUUUGGUGUUAUGCUGCAUGACAAAGACAAACACACCUCAAAAUGUUGUCCUUUCUUAGCUUGCUGCGUUUUACAGUUCUUUCUGCUAACAAUUUAUAAGCCUUUAUUAUAUAAUAUUGAUGAAUUACAGAAAUGAUGAAGUUGUUCUCUUAUUUCUGUUAAAUGUACCAGAGCUGUGUAUCUGUUAAUGAGAUACAGCGUCAUUUCUGUGAAAUGUAUAAAUGUAUGUGCAGGUCAAAUUAAUAUAUGACAUUCUAUCAGUCUGUAUACAGGUAUUCCUGUUUUGCUAAGCUGUGCAGAUUCUGUAAAAAUUAGUGCAGUCAAGUUCUAACAUAUCUCAUUUUAUAGACUCCAUUGACAAUGAUCCAACCCAAAAGAAAAAUUGGAAAUGACUGCUAACCACACCUCGUUAUGAAACCAAUGAUGAAAAAGUCACUUGGUGCACCUCUCAACAAAACAGGAUGCUUUCUCCGAGUUCUUGUAUAUGCAAAUCAUUUACGAAGCAAGUUUUCAACAGACCUAGAAAGCAAAACAUUGAAAGUGUGUUGUUAGCCCUCCUCUCUGCCCCUGCAUCAACAGACAGAGCUCUGGGACCUUGGCAAUGACUCAGAGGUUGGGGCUUUCUGAGUAAAGGGACAUUUCUUUAAGCAUCAUCUAUCAAAUUUAUUUCAAUGUAUGAUGUUUUUACAACUGGUCAGUUCUUUUGUAUUCUUACAGCUAUGGUUAUUUGAUUGUCCUCUUACAAUUUGUUCUACAUGAAAGAGUUCUUUGUUAGUCAGAAUGCAACAAACUGUCAUCAAAUGGUCAUUGACCACUUGCACUCUUUUGAUGUAGAUUAAAAACUUUUUCAUAAAUUUACCUGCUUUGAUUUGCUCUGUAUUUUUUCUGCAGUUGUAAUUGCUGAGUGCCUGUUGUAUACUUUAUAGAGUUGAAAUAAAAAAAUAAUUACUUUUGAACUUAGUUGAUGUUUAAUUCCAGACAAGAUUCCAAGAAUAGAAUUGGUAUAUCAUACUAGAUGAAAUACCAGGUAGUGCUGUUGUAGAAUGUCACCGUAACAAAGUAGGAAAUACCUGUAAUCCAAGCAUCCUUCAUGAAAUAAUAUACUAUAUUAUAAUCUAAUAUAAAACUAAUCCAACAAAUUGGUUUUAAAGAAUUCAUAGGAAUAAUGUUGGGCCAUCCAGUGUGAAAAGCAAACUGAAUAUAGAUAUUUAUACUAACUCAGAAAUUAGCAGAUUUCUGAGCAUGACCACCACACAGACCUUUUUUAGGCUAUCCCUAAUCAAACUCUGUACUAGGCAAAACAAUCAAAGGGACAAUUCUUGUAUAUUGCUACAUCCUAGGAGGAAAUGAUUUCAUAUGAAGAGCAACUUCAUGAGUCUUUGUCCAAGGAUUUUUCACCUGAUUCCUUGGCUUCACCAUAUGCACAAAGAAGAAACAUUUGGGGAACAGUAUGAUUACAACAAAUUCAACUCUCCAAAGCCUAAACAUAUUCUUUCUACAUCCCUUUGUCCUUCUCUGCAGUAAAUGAUGCACACGUGAAAACUGGCUGCAGCAUCAAGAUUCUCUCAAUUACAUUGUUUUUGUCUUUUUGACCUCAUAUUGUCAGUGACUGUGAGUUGAAAACCCUUGUUUGAUGAAAACUAGAAAUUCAGUUAACUUUUUCAGAUAAAGUCAAUAAAACCACUUGAAAAAAUACUAUGUCAUGAUUGCACAUCCAGUAAUUUCAUUUCUUCUGCAAAUAGAACUGUAAUAUAAGCUUUUAACAUCCAUCCUUUAAGUUAUAUGAUUUUUCAUACCCUUAAUCUAAGAAUGUUCUUCUUGAUCAUGAAAGGGUUUUUUUUUUUUUGCACUAAUCACACAGUUUUGGGAGGAGCAUGCAGAUCAACACAAUCAUUAGAAUGAUAGGGAGGAGGAGACGUCAGUGAUGGUGAUGAUGUUGCAUCUACAUCACUUGUGAGUGAUCUUGUGCAUACUAAUUUCAGUGGGAAUAAAUCAGUGUGCAAUUUUUCAAGAAUGACAGUAGGAAUCAAUUCUGAAUUUGAAAUAAAUGGAUUGAUUGUGUGAUCACCCAAAUGAUACCCAAGUGCAAAUAUUACAAUGUUACACCUGCAGACCUACCUUUAGAUUCUUAGUUAUAGCCCUGUGUGUCAUGCUCAUAAUACAGGCCACCACAUUAAUGUUUCUUUUGUGUGGGUGGGUGGUGUUUGAGACAGGGCCUCACUCUGUCACCCAGGCUGGAAUGCAAUGGCACAAUCUCAGCUAACUGCAGCCUUGACUUUCUGGGCUCAAGGGACCCUCCUGCCUUGACCUACCAAGUAUCUAUGACUACAGGUGCACAUCACCAUGCCUAGUUAAUUUCACGUUAACUUUUUUUUUUUUAAUUGAGAGUCGUAUUGAGAGUUUUCCUCUGUGUCCCCAGACUUCUCCUUUCUAAUUCAAAAAGUCCUAUAAAUUGAUAUAACAGUAAUAUUUAUCUCUGGCAGCUGUUUUUUUAUCCAAGGUGAGUCCAUGGAGCAAAAGACAAAUCUAUCUAUCUACAUGCCCAUUAGCAAAGCCGAACAGGUUAAGCCUCAAACUUGCGCAAAAAAAAAAUUAUAGAAAGAAAAAAAAAGGAAAACAAGGCAUCUCUAACAACCCAAAAGUCUGGCCACAGAUUUUAUAAAAAUUCAUGGACAAGCUCUAGGCAUAGGAUCUAAGCCAGUGUUUUUCAAACAUUACUGUCAUAAGAUGUAUCUGGGAAAUAAUAUAAAAACAUAGGUUUCUAGGAUAAUCCAAAGUUAUUUUGAGGUAUAACCCAGGAAUCUGAAUUUUUAACCAGCCCCUUAGUGUAUUUUGAUGGGAAUACACAUCUCUAUGAGAUAGAAGCAGGAGAAAAGGAUCUAUGGAGAAACAUUUCAGGAAUGGUGGGGUAAAUGAGGUAAACAGAAAAAAAAAAAAACUCUGUAAAGAAUCAUGGACAUCCAAAGCCUGUAAAUGCUCUCAGAAAUGUUACAUGGCAUUUAUAUUCCACCCAUAGAAGUGUCCUUUCAAUUAACAUAUUAAAAUGGCCUAUUAAUAAUAAGCUACUUUUUGUUAAGGAAUAGACCCAUGUCUUGAUUUGCAAAGCCAAAAAUAUAUAUGUAUACCCACCUCUGGUGUCUGGUACAUCAGGGCAGGAUACUAGGAGUUUAUUUGCAGGAGGACUCUUAGUCCUCUGGGGAGAAAUGAUACUGGUGAUCUGAGCUGCUGGCUCAGCUGGAUUUUGGCCACAGUUCGUCAAUGUCUGAUUUCCCUCUCUGGGGUACUUUUCUGUGCCAUGUAAGUCAGGUUUGGCCUUUUGACUUGCUUUGGCCAUUGAAAGGUGAGCCUUGUCACUGCUGCAAACAGAAGCCUUAAGAGCCAGUUCUUGCUUCAUUACAUUCUCCUUUCCUUGUGAUGUUGUGAUCAGCAUUUCCUCAACAGUGGCUGCGCUGUGAGCUUCAGAAGCAGAGUAAGGACAGUGAUGAGGAGGAGUGGAGCCCCUCACCAACUCCCAAAGGCUUUACAGUGGAAUAUAUUGUUGUUUC